CCUUACACUAUGUUGAGAGAAACAUCUGUACAGAUGACUGGCAACGACCGCUACGAGGGCUUCUGUGUUGACCUCAUCCAAGAGAUUUCGGUUGUUCUGGGCUUUAAUUACACAAUUAGGAUUGCUGCUGAUGGCGCCCAUGGAAAAUGUGAUGAGCAGACGAGAAGUUGGAAUGGAAUGAUUGGGGAGCUGUUAGAUCAGAAAGCUGAUUUGGCAAUAGGAGACUUGACGAUCACUUACGAGAGAGAACAAGUGGUUGACUUCACCAUGCCCUGGAUGAACCUUGGCAUCACGAUUCUGUACAGGAAACCCACUAAAAAACCGCCCAAUCUAUUCAGCUUCCUGUCACCGCUUUCGUUGGACGUGUGGCUAUACAUGGCCACAGCGUACCUUGGUAUCUCCUUGCUUCUCUUCGUGCUAGCAAGGUUCUCUCCCUACGAGUGGUCCGACCCUCACCCGUGUGACCAGUCAUCCGACAAACUCGACAAUGAGUUUUCUCUUCUCAACUGCUUGUGGUUCUGCAUUGGUUCCCUGAUGCAACAGGGAGGAGAUCUCUUACCGAAGUUAAGUCCUUAUGAAUGGAUCGCAUCCUAUCCAUGCAGACAAGAGGAGGACAGAACAAUGGAAAAUCAAUUUAAUCUCUUCAAUUCUCUCUGGUUUACAAUGGGAAGCCUCCUACAGCAAGGCACGGAACAACAGCCCAAUAAUUCCAAAAUGCCGACUUACCAGCGGAUGUUUAGUUUUAUGGAGUCCCAAAAUCCUUCCGUCUACACCAAGUCCAAUGAAGAGGGGGUCAAAAGGGUACAGAAGGGCGACGGGCAGUACGCAUUUAUGAUGGAGUCUUCCAGUAUAGAAUACAUCACUGAGAGGUACUGCGACCUCACACAGGUUGGAGGACCUCUUGACUCCAAAAGUUACGGCAUUGCACUCCCUCCAGGAUCACCCUACCGCACUCUGCUCAACUCAGCUGUGCUGAAGCUGCAGGAAAUUGGUAAACUACACGCGCUCAAACGCAAGUGGUGGAAGGAGAAACGGGGUGGGGGGACCUGCCAGGACGAUGAAUCUAAGAGUUCUUCGAAAGCGAACGAACUGGGUCUGAACAACGUAGGUGGCGUCUUCGUGGUGCUCCUCGCUGGUAUGGGUCUCGCCUCUGUCGUUGCUGUCUGCGAGUUUGUGUGGAAAUCAAGAAAACUGGCUACUGAGGAACACGCUUCAGUUUGGACAGAAAUGAGCAAGGAACUCAAGUUCGCCUUCUCCUGUGACGGAUCUUCCAAGUCAGUGAGAAAGAAACCACCUGACCAAGAGAACGGACCUUCCUUCUUCACUAUGAACACUUUCACUACCUCACAGUAUCCACUCCCAUCCAAGGAUCCUGUCUCAUGAC